AUGGCAACACCAGAAACCUUUACUACUGAUGAUUUAAGGUUCUUUGCUGAAUCCGAGUUAAUAACGAUUGAACCCUUCAUCAAAACUGAGAGUUUCACACUUUCAGGGAAAAUGUAUGGCCCGUUUCGACCUCCUAAAAAAGUCAAAGUACCUCUUUGGGUUGCGUUGUCUUUAAAGUCACGACGAUUAUGUAAAAUAAUUUCUCCUGAAUGGCUUAGCGUUGGCAAACUUGAUACCCUACUGGAAAGAGAACAAAAUCAUCCGGAAUUUAGUCCCGUUCCUUUUUAUUAUUUUGAAAUCUCGCGAAUGUUGCUGCGUUCGGCUGAAGAUGAUCUAGUAGAACCGGAUAAACUCAGAUAUAAAUUACAGAACAUCAAGGAGUUGAGAGAAAAUAAGAUCAGGGACGGUUUAGUGAACCUGGAUCCCGUUCCAAUCAGGGUAAAUAAUGUGAGUGCACGUGAACUUCAUCUUAUGCGUCCUACGUUUACAAUGGUCUAUGAUUCCUUAUCAAAGACCAUGUCUACUGAAAAAUCAGUGACGGGUAAUGAAGUAAGUAAACAAAUGGAUAUAUUUGAGAAUAGUCAAAAUAUAGAGAACAUUCUGGACGUGGAAGAUAUGGAGAUUAUGGAAGAUGAUUCAAUUAUCCAGAAUUAUUAUGAUUAA